ACACCAUAAUGAUUAUUUCUACAACAUUCGCGUUAACUCUGCUCUUAAUCGCAGUGAAUGCUGCUCCAUCCAGUGAGAAUGAAGAUCUUCUUGUCGUUACUAAAGAUUUCUUCUCUGAAGACAUAAUAAAAUAUACAAGCACACAUGAUAUUGUUCGACUAGUUGUGCCGCUUAAUGGUUUAAACUUUGAUGAUGAUUCCGAUAACUUCUCUACAGAAAAUGAUGAUGGGUCGGCUCUUAUAUUCUUUGUGGAAGCAGAUAUAGAUGACAAAGGCAAUAAAGAUUACAAAGGCUUGUAUGUAUUUAAAAAAAAUGUUGCAACAAAACUGCUAGAAAAUGGCAGAGGCGCAGCCCCGGUUAACGAUGAUUCGAAAAAUGUCUUCUUAGCUGCCACCGAUGGUCUUUACGUUUACAAUGUUAAGGAAAAUAAAGCGGAAAAAUAUGGAACGCUCAAUGAUAACAUCAUUGACAUUGAAAAAGAAAAUUCAAGUAGUGUAUUAUACAUAAUUACAGCGAAUCAUGAAUUGUAUAAAGUUACAGAAGAAGGUACUAAGAAAACUAAAGUUGAGGGAGUGGGUGAUGCUCAACGAGUAGUAUUGGACUAUUCUGAUAAUAUCUAUUAUUAUGGAGAAGAUAAGCAACCUUAUGUAAUAAACGCUGAAGGAGUAAAGAAAAUCUCAGGAUUACCAGAAAAUCCUUCAUCAGUCACUCUAAUAAAACCUCCAUUUGUUUUAGACGAUUGCGUAGCGUUUGUCUCUGAUGAUAAAGGUUACUAUUUGUAUGCAAACGGGACAAGUAGAUUCACUGAAUUUGUUUUGGAAGCAAAACCCACUGCGUACGGUAUAGAGGCUACGCUCGUUCAAUAUUUCGCAUACAAUAAACGUAUAUACGAAAUAAAUAUCGUGGCACUGAUAUUAGGGGAAAUGAAAAAUUCUUUAGAUCUUGGCUUUCUUAAAGAUAAAAAGGAAUCCGUUAAAUCUCUAGCCACGCGAUCGAGAAGUCAAUUACAUCCAUAAAUAACUUUCGUUCUUCAAUUUUA